AUGCAAAUUUCGCACCUCUUCACUGCCCUGCUGGCAAUGGGCCUCGUCUCAGCCACGCCCACCGAAGAAGCUCAAAUCGAGGAGCGAAGCUGCUCAGGCGGCAAGAAAUGGGGCGAUAACCGCAACGUAGCGAUCGACCACGCAGGAAGAUGGUGCAGUGGAAACGGAGGCAGCGAAGGCUACCGCGCCGGCCAGACCAAGUACGGUUGCUAUAAUCUGCAAUUUGGCAAUAACAAGGCCGAAUUCUGGAUUCAGCGCAAGGCCACUACUGGAGGCAGUCUUACCUCAUCUCAGUGCAAUGCGUAUAUGCAGGAGCAGAUCAACAACUGUGAGAGAGGUGGUUCUGGGGAAAGGAAUGGAUGGUACUUCCGAGCCGAUGUCAACGCGGGCCGUUGCUCCUAG